AAUUUUUUAAGAAUUUCGUUCGAUUUUACCUGCUUAUAAAAGUGACUAUAGCACAAGCAUCUCAGCAGUGCAUAUUUUAAUCUUGAUAAGAGUGAUGUGGAAGGUCGUGAUAGGAGUGAUUUUUUGUUUUUCCACUGUGUGUGGAUUGCAUUUACCUAAAUAUAUCGAACCUUGCAGUCCGGAAUCUCCUAAUUUUUCAGAAUGUGCCAUACAACAUGGAAGUGGCGCAAUUGCCUUUCUGGUAAAAGGUGACAAAGCCUAUGGAAUACCAUCUUUCACGCCAUUCAAAGUAACCUUUGUUUCUGUUGACGCUAAUGGACUCAAAAUGAAUUUAAGUAAUGGUCUUUUUUCUGGUAUUGAGAACCUUAAAUUAAAUAAAUAUAGUUUGGAUCAAGAAAACAAAAAGAUUUACACCACAUUGACAGGUCCCUUGAUAUUAUUCGAAUUCGACCUCAGUACAGGCGGAAAAUUAGCAAACUUGCCCAUAGAUGGAGACGGACAUGGAUGGACCAAAAUAUAUAAUGGUAACUUCUCGCAUAAUUAUGAGUAUAGUGUAGUCGAGAAAAAUGGCAAGCACUAUUUGCAGUUUGGUAAGGAUGAAGUAAUAAUAGAGCCCGGAAGUAUGGAAUGGAAUAUUCAAGGUCUUUUCAAUGGAAAUAAACAAUUGGGAGACAGUUUGAAUAGUGUUUUGAACGAGAACUGGAAAGAACUACUGCAACAAUUUGGUCCAGUGAUCUCAGAAGUGUAUGGUUCCAUUGCGAAAGAAGUGUUAAGGAAAUUGUAUGAUAGAAUACCAAUUGAAGAAAUAUAUCCUGGAAUGAAAGUGUGAACAAUUCCUUAUAAUUGUAUAAAAUCAUUGACUUUAAAUAAAGCAUCAACAAAUA